AUGGUAGAUUUACGGUUAAUCAACAAGCAUUAUGCGCUACGGGAACAGAUUCGGCAACUUCUUCAGGAGGAUGAAGAAAGGAAGAAUUUCAUAAAGUUGUCGAUAUUACGGCUAUCUGCUUUAAAGCGCGGUGGUGAAGGAACGCGGGCAAAGAAACUGACACGAGGAAGCCCAUCGAAACCUGCAGUGAAUUCAGCAACAAAGGACUACGAGAUCGAACUUAAUAAGCUAAAGCAGGAAUACUCAACCAAGCUGAAAUUGCAUGACGCCAAACUCCAGUCCCUAAGACAAGAAAAUGAACGGCUAAAGGCUCAAGUGAGAAAGUUGAACUCUGAUGGUUCAUCUUCUAGUAUAAGCAAACUACAACCAAAAAAGCGGAACUUACCAAGCCACCGUUCCAUAUUUAGUCCUGAAAAGUUCAGUUCAAUUUCAAGCAAAUCGAGCACAAGUCGCCAUUUGUUUCCCACUAUAUUUGAUGAUGAAUUAAUAACUCCCAUCAAAAAGAUCCCAGAAACAAAGCUUGUAAGUGACUUGAUGAAAUCAGUUUCUGCAAAGUCUCCCACCAAAGUAGCGAAAUUUCAAGACUCGGGUUCAUUGGCAGAUGAUUUUGCAAUACCCAAUGCAACUUCAUCCCCUACAGGAAGUUCGAAAUUUCGAUCGCCAACCAAGUUUGUGAACGAUUUUGAAAAUGAUGGUAAUGGUGAUAAUCAUUUAAGUCGCAGGCGAAGUCCUUCCCCGGACUUUACUCCGAAUCGGAGACCGAGAGUUCUUAGGAGUACAGGCUCUUCUGCUCCGGGUGAGGAGAAAGCUGAAAAACUGCCGCUGGCUCGGAAUACUAAUGCUUCUGUGGAACAUUCAGGGUCACCAAUCAAACUGGAAAGACGAGUCAAGAAAGUGAGAAAGAGGAAAUUACUAGAUAUUCCUAGUUUGGUCCAACAUGACGAGUCAGAACUGGCAUUCCCUGAUGCCGAUGAGGAGAGCAUCAAUACUCUUGCAAAGUAUGAGGAUGCACAUUUCGAGGAAAAUCUAGGGGCAAAUGACACCUCUAAUAACUCCCUCAAGAGAAAAUUGGACUUUGAUGGCCAAGUAUUGGAUCCUGAGCCUCCAAAGAAACGACGCAAUGUAUUCAAAAUUGAUUAA